GCUUCCACCGCAGAUUUACUUACCUCUCAAUACAUACCUUCUUGGUUGUCUAUACAAUUCUGCCCUUAACAAAAGCAUGUUGUAUUAGAACUUUGCACUCUUUAACAAACGUAAAAAACCCAACUUAUUUUAAAUAGUAAAAGUGUCUUUUAUGGUAUUUUCAAUUCAUUGAGGAACCAAAAACCCAGAAGGAACAUCAUUUAAUAACCCAUAUACUUCUAUUCCUUCUUCUUCAUCUAAUGCUAUUACGAAGGGCUCAUAUUUUAAAAUGUUCUUCAACAAAGUAUAUUAAUUUUGGUCGUUUAGGAUGGAGAAGGUUAUUUUCCAAAAAACCAGGUUCGUCUGAGAAAUUCGACACUCGAAAAGAGGUAUUUGAAAGCUUGAAGAUGCCAAUGUAUCCAUCCAUAUCAGACACGAAAAAAAUCACUGCAAUUUCAAAGCUACGGUCCUGGGAUAAUAUUCUUUUGCCAGACGCCAGACAAUAUAAUGAAGCCUACACAGUCUGUGGUAGAAUCAGUAAUCUGAGAUACGCAAGUUCAAAGCUUGCUUUUAUAGACGUUUGUGAUGGGCUGUUUAAAAUACAAUUGACUAUCAGUAAAAACAAUAUUACUGACAAUACCAGUCAAUCCCUCGCUUUCUCCCACAUCAUCAAGGCUUUUCGACGAGGAGAUUAUAUACAAUGUUCAGGGUUCAUUGGCAAGACCAGCAAAGGAGAACUAUCCAUUUAUGCAACCGAGCUUCCAAUUCUGCUGUCUCCUUGUCUUCACCAAAUGCCUACCAACCUUUUGAAUCAAGAAAAAAGAUUUCAGCAACGUUACGUCGAUAUAGUUGCAAAUCCCGAUACCCUUUGUGUACUAAAAAAGCGCUUUCAGAUUAUAGAAUGUAUUCGAAAUUUUUUCCAAAAGAAUGAGUUUACAGAGGUAGAAACCCCAAUGCUUUCACACCAUUUUGGAGGAGCUAUGGCUCGUCCAUUUAUUACAAACGAUGCUCAAAAACAGCCACUCUCGCUACGUUGUGCUCCUGAACUAUGGCUAAAACAAUUAGUCAUAGGAGGCAUGCACCGAAUUUUUGAGUUAGGAAAGAAUUUUCGAAAUGAAGGUUUAGACGCCACGCAUAAUCCCGAGUUUACCAGCUGCGAAGCUUAUUGUGCUUUUAUUAACUUGAACACAUUCAUUGAGAUGACCAAAGGUUUGCUAAGAGAAAUCUGCAUGAAUGUACAUGGAAACAUGAGCUUACCCCAUCUUGGAGUUUCUUUGGAAAGCGAUUCCUUCCAAACUCUUGAGUUUAUCCCAUCUCUUGAAAAAAGUCUUAAUCAAUCUUUAGGCACUAUUAAUAACUCUGAAGAGUAUCGCGAAUUUUUGUUAGACAUAUAUGAACAGAGGAACUUUAAGCUACCAAAAACACCUACAGUCUCUCAUUUACUUGAUAAACUUUUUGACUAUUGCGUUUUAGAACAUCUUAGCGAUGGUCCUACUUUUAUUAUACACCAUCCAGAAACCAUGUCUCCGCUAGCAAAGUCUGAAACAAUUAAAUAUGGGGAAACAGAAUAUCGCGUAUCUAAGCGCUUUGAAUUGUAUCUUGGAAAAAGUGAGAUUUGUAAUGCUUACGAAGAAGAGAAUGAUCCCAUGUCUCAGAAGAAGAAGUUCGAAUCUCAACAUUAUGACCGUACCGAGUUAGGGGACCAAGAAACACCUAUUCCAGAUGCUGAUUUUGUACGUGCGUUAGAAUACGGACUUCCCCCAACAACUGGAUGGGGUAUGGGUGUCGAUCGUUUAGUGAUGCUUUUGACUGGACAGAAAAGGAUAAACGAAGUACUACCGUUUGGAUCUUUACGAUAUAUUUAAUUAAUACCGUUCUCAUUGAUUCAUAAUAAAUUAAUCAAUAAAUAAAUAACGU